AUGUUGCAAUUUCUGACGCUUGCCGUAUUUUUCGGCCUCUCCUACGCCCAGGCCGUCACCUUCCAACAAGUUCAAGAAGCUCAGGCUUCCGGGAAGUACGUUUGUGAGUGCGACCGCGACCUCGAAUGCGGCCUAACCGGCGAGUGCGUUGGAGCAGGAGCUGGAACGUGCAACUGCUCCGCUUGCAUCAACCUAAAACACUGUGAUGGCGACCGGGAUUGUGGUGGGCUGCUCGGCGCCUGCAAUCUGCUCCUCCGCACGUGCCAGUGCCAAAAGGCCUUCGAUCGCCUCGGCUACCCUACAAUCCUCGACCAGCAGCAACGCCUCUGCGGCGUGCGCAACUGCAACCUUGGCUGCUUCGGGCUGCCGUGUCGGCAAGGCUUCUGUAGAUGCCCACUUGGAAAA